GAUGCGCUGCUGGUGCUCGCCGGCACCUUCCUCGAGCAAGACGAGGAGCUGCAUGACGCUCGCAGAGAGGUGUACCGUGCCCUGGUGGAGGAGGCUUGGAAGAUCGCUAUGCACAGCAGGUACUACCUGACCACCCAGUGCCUGGACACGCCGAGCGACUCCGCCUGGAUGAUGGUGUACAAGUACGGCAGCGACGUGAACUUCCUGAACACUACAAGUUUGACCAGGUCGGCUUUCAACCAGCUCCUGCAGCGGUUUAGCCGCUUCUACUACAUUUCGCGCCAAACGACACGCGGGCGUCCAACCAAGCUGAAGCACCACCACCAGGUGCUCGGCCUCGUGCUCUGCUUCUACGUCGGCUCGAUGGAGCAAAGCUCCCUUUGCAUGCUGUUUGGGACCCCGCCAAGCACGCUGUCGAGGACGCUUGCGCGCGCCGAGGAAGCACUGGCGCAGGCGCUGAGCGGAUACGCCCCCGCACGGAUCUCGUGGCCGUCCCCAGCUCGCCAAGCCGAGUUGGCGAAGCUGGUGGAGGCUCGCGAACCACUUCUCAAACACACCUUUGGGUUUAUUGAUGGGAAGAACUUCCGGGUA